UCGGGGGUGGGGACCUGAGGAAGCUCUGCUGUUCAGAAACCGAGUUGGCAGGUUUUCUUUGAGGGGAUUGUGGGUGACCCUUGGGUCCCCCAACCGCUGACGGGAUGGAUGAAGACGGGCUUCCGCUCAUGGGGUCAGGCAUAGACCUGACCAAGGUGCCAGCUAUUCAACAGAAAAGAACGGUGGCAUUUCUAAACCAAUUCGUGGUGCACACUGUACAGUUCCUCAACCGCUUUUCUACAGUUUGUGAGGAGAAACUUUCAGACCUUUCUCUUCGGAUCCAACAAAUUGAAACAACACUCAAUAUUUUAGAUGCAAAGUUGUCCUCUAUCCCAGGCUUAGAUGACGUCACAUUUGAAGUAUCUCCUGUAAGCGUCCCUAAUGUCACAAAUGAAUUACAUUGUGGAACUGCCUCAGAGCAAUCACAGCAGAACAAUACACAAGACUCUGGACCACAGCAAAGUGAAGUAUCAUCAGAAAAUAUCUUAACUGUAGCCAAGGAUCCAAGAUAUGCCAGAUAUCUCAAAAUGGUUCAAGUGGGUGUUCCAGUGAUGGCAAUAAGAAACAAAAUGAUAUCAGAAGGACUAGAUCCAGAUCUUCUUGAGAGGCCCGAUGCACCAGUGCCUGAUGGUGAAAAAGAAAAACCUGUAGAAGAAAGUUCAGAUAGUGAAUCUUCUUUUAGCGACUAAGCUGGAUUUUCCUAAGAGUUAAGUGUAUGUACAGAUGAACUGGUAGAGUCUGUGAGAGAGUCUGUACUCUCUCAAUCAUAGAAAUGUAAAACAACCCUAUACCUCACCAACCUUCCUCUCUGUUAAAAAUAAUAAUAAAGCUUUUAUAAUCCCCCAGGA